UGUCAGCCUUGCGCGCAACUAUCCAGUGUACUGUGGAGAUACCAAUCGCACUGCGAUAUAUAACAAGAUGCCCUAUGAUUCAUUGUGCUGGACGAGCUAUGUAUAAAGGUCGACUGUAGUCGCCCAUAUCAGCGAAUAGAUCAAUAACAUCAUUGGCACAAAUACAACUACGGUGCACGUAUAGCAAUCAACGAUGGGUCAGAAACUGUCGUCCUUUUGGGACCAAUCUUUCUUUAUCGCCCCUCCGGCGUUCACUGACGAACAUUUGCCGGACCAAACGGGCAGAGUACACUUCAUCACCGGCGGGUACGCAGGCAUUGGAUAUCACCUUGCACGCCUCCUCUACGCCAAAAACGCUACUCUCUACCUCGCCGGACGUUCAGAGUCCAAAGCCAACGCCAGCAUUGCUCAGCUGAGAUCUGACUUCCCCCUCUCGAAAGGCCGUCUCAUCUUCCUAUAUCUUGACCUAGCCGAUCUGACUACUAUCAAGCCCGCCGUUGAGGAGUUCCUCAACAAGGAGGACAAACUCGACGUGCUGGUGAACAAUGCCGCCAUCAUGGUGCCGCCAACGGGGAGCAAAAGCGUCCAAGGCUACGAUUUGCAAACUGCGACGAACGUGUAUGGACCCUUUUUGUUAACCAUACUGCUGCGCGAAGCAAUUGUAAAAGCAGCGAAGAAGGCAGACACGGGAAGUGUCAGGGUUGUUUGGGCGGCUUCUCACGCUGCGGAUUUGUUCGGCCCGUCGGGUGGUGUUCACUUCGUCCCCGAUCCCGCGCAGGAAGGCAAUGCGGGCGAGAAUUUGAAGAUCAAAGAAGACUUUGCAGGUGGCCCUUCCUACGCGCAGACAAAAGCUGCAGACAUUAUGCUUGGCGUUGAAUGCGCGAGGCGGUGGGGAAACGAGGGCAUCAUAAGCAACAGCCUCAAUCCCGGCAACCUUCGCAGCGAACUUGUGAGGUACCGGUCAUGGUUUGAGAAGUUUGUGGCCGAGUGGAUUAUCAACCAUCCGGUGGAGAUGGGUGCCUGGACUGAGCUAUUCGCAGGUUGGUCCCCAGAGGUAACGCCCCAGCUGAAUGGAUGCUAUAUCAUUCCAUGGGGCAGAAUUGGCAGUUACAACGAAGGCUUGAAGCAGGCAAUUUCGGAAGGCAAGGCAAAGAUGCUCUGGGAGGUCUGUGAGAGUAUUGUUCAGAAGUAUAUGUGACUAGCAUCAGGUUUGAUAUGCACAGUCAACCAAAUGAGUCUUCACUCUAGAAUUCUAUUUCUAUUUCAUCUUAAUUAGUUGCGAUGUGCUGAUAGGGUCAUUAUCUGCCAGAAUUAUUAGUAAUGUACGAUUCUAGUGAUUAAAGAAUCCGACGCGCGACUCUGUGUAACAGCCGUACAGGCACUAAGAGC